AUGUCGUGCCUUCUGCAAUGUCGACCACCUGGUGAGCAGGAUGAGACUUGCGAGGAUCUCAGCUCUGACGCCCUCAAGGCGAUGAUUCGUGAGCACCACGCGCUGGUGAUGCGUUCACUGCAAAAGCAGCAGGCUGCCCUGGACGCCUUGCGUGGCUGGCGGCGUGCUGACGAGCCUGAUUACGGCGAUGGAUUUCAUCACGGCGCGAAAGGAGCACAGGGCGAGAUAUCGAUCACUCCCAGGGCCGAGGCGAAGGAUCCCUUAGCAGAGGCAGCUGCUGCGCAAGUCAGCUUGGAAGAGCUCGAUCGACUGCAGGACUUGGUCCAGGGUGCAGCGAUCGAGCCUCAAGUGCGUGAGCCGGCUCUUGCGACUGCCCAUGAAGAGGCGUCAUUGCGUAAGUCACGGAUCGCUUCGCGAAUUCAGGCUCGUGUUCACAAGACGAGGAUCCUCAAGCAGCUGACGAGGAUGGAGAAACUGCACAGCUUCGUUGAGGAGGGUCCCCUGGAUCUUCUGGCUGGUUUUGUCAUCUUGAUCAAUGCUGCCGUGCUCAUCGUGGAGCAGCAGCUCAAGGGAUCGAUUGCCAGUGGGGCACUGGCUAUGGAAGCUGCCUCUGGUUCCUUCAUGAUCAGUCAAAUAGAAUCUGAUGCAUUUGAAGUCGCUGAGUACUGUUUCCUUUUCUUCUAUCUUUGCGAGAUGGCGAUCAGAAUCGGGGUCCUGCGAAAGCGAUGGUACUACACGGAAGAAGAGGGCUACAUGUGGGGAAACUUCUUUGACAUUAUGUUGGUCGGCUUUGGUGUGGUGGACGCAGUACUGCUAGCAGGCUUCCGAGGAGACAAUUACGCAAGCACACAACUUGUCCGGCUCCUGAGAAUCACAAAAGUUGUAAAGACGAUGCGCUUGGUCCGGGUCAUGCAUUUGUUCAGUCAGCUGAGAAGUAUGGUGGACGUCUUUCGCGCGAGCCUGUCGGCUCUGUUUUGGUCGAUGAUGAUGCUUUUGGUAUGCAUGAUGAUCGCAUCAUUGAUCUUAUGCGAGGCCUGUCUCGGCUUUAUUGUGGAUUCAACACAAAGCAGAGAUGUUCGAGAGAUGCUGUUGAAAACAUACGGCAGCUUCACUCGUGCCAUGUACACCUUUUUCGAGAUUACAUUUUCGGGUGGAUGGCCAGCACUAAUUCGACCUCUUGUGGACGACGUGAGCGUGUACUUUGCCAUACCUUGCCUACUUUAUGUUGUGGUCGUUGUGUUUGCGGCCCUGCGGCUUAUCACAGCGUUGUUUGUUCGUUCUACUCUGCACGCUCUCUCCAACGAUGCUGGCGCGGCUGUCCUGGAGCGUCUGCAACAUUCUGCGGAGCUGCAGGCCAAGUUGACCCAUCUCUUUGAAGAUGCGGAUCUUGAUCAAGACAAAUCACUGUCACUUGCUGAAUGGGAGAGGUUGGUGAAGCACCCCGAGAUCGUACACUAUCUGAGCACGCUUGAAGUUGACGUUCAUGAUGCCCGUAUGCUCUUCCAGCUUCUGGAUGAUGGAGAUGGGCAUCUCUCAGUCCAGGAGUUUUGCGAAGGCAUUCCGAAGGUUCGGGGGAACGCUAAAUCCCUCGACAUCGUCUGCCUUCUACACGAGACUGGAAGGAUUCGCAAGGAAUGUCAAGAAAUCUUGACAGCAGUUCAAGCGAAGAGCUGA